ACGCGCGUGUCCACGCUCCAUCUUUUACGCAGCCUGGAGGCGUUGUUGCGGCUCCGACCAGGAAUGAUCACGGAACCUGAACCGUCGUAUGGACCGACGAGCGUCUCGCCUGUUUCCCACAGACGGGCAGUGGUGCGUGAUGAGACUAUAGGUCGACGCCUCUUCGCUGCUGCACGCGGGGACUGAGAUAAACACCUCCCAAGAUGGUCCGCAUCGCCAAUGCCCUGGGUCUGGUGAUUCUGUUCGUGGCGGUUCUGAUUCUUUCCCUCAUAAGCUACGUUUCGAUCAGGAGGGACAGCAAUUUCUCCACCGCCAAGUAUGACAUGGGGGGUCCUCGGAUCAUGUUCCAUGCGGGGUUUCGGUCACAGUUUGCCAUGAAUUUUCUGGAUCCGUCCUUCAUCCCCCUGACCACUGCCCUGAAUGAGGAGCUGCAAGGAAAACCGUCGAAGUGGAAAUUCAACAAGACUGCAUAUUAUCAGCAGAGGAAGGAUAUCAUCAGCUACAUCGACAUUCCAAAAAACUUCUCCUUGACAAAGAACAGCGUGCGUGUUGGGCAGCUUAUGCAUUUCGACUAUUCCAGCCACAAGUACGUCUUCUCCAUCAGCAACAACUUCAAGUCCCUUCUUCCAGAUGUCUCUCCCAUCCACAAUAAACACUACAGCAUGUGUGCAGUGGUGGGCAACAGCGGCAUUCUGACAGGCAGCCACUGUGGCCCAGAAAUUGACCAGGCAGACUUUGUUUUCCGCUGCAACUUCGCACCCACAGAGGUGUACUCUAAAGACGUGGGCAAGAAGACCAACCUGACCACCUUCAACCCCAGCAUCCUGGAGAGGUACUACAACAACCUUCUGACCAUUCAGGACCGCAAUAAUUUCUUCCUCAAUCUGAAGAAGCUGGAGAGCGCCAUCCUCUGGAUCCCAGCCUUCUUUCUUCAUAACUCAGCCACAGUCACUCGCACUCUGGUGGACUUCUUUGUGGAGCACAAGGGCCAGCUGAAAGUGGAACUGGCCUGGCCUGGAAACAUCAUGCAUGAUGUGAACAAAUACUGGAAAACAAAAAAUCUGUCUCCGAAACGUCUCAGCACUGGAAUCCUUAUGUAUACGCUGGCGUCUGCCAUGUGUGAUGAGAUCCACCUGUAUGGAUUCUGGCCCUUUGGCUGGGACCCAAACACAGGCAAGGACCUGCCUUAUCACUACUAUGACAAAAAAGGGACCAAAUUUACCACCAAGUGGCAAGAGACGCACCAGCUGCCCAGUGAGUUCAAGCUGCUCUACAAGCUCCACCGAGAUGGCGUGACCAAACUCAGCCUCACACAUUGCUCCUAGAUGGUCUCAUGUUUGUAGGUCCAUUAUGAAGAAUGUUAUUCACUUAUUGCAGCCGGCUGCGAGUCGACUAUCAACUUACAACACCCGCAAGUUGCAGUUGCACCUGAUUCACCAUGAAUGUAGGUUCCCAGAUGUCAUGAACUCAUUUCAGGAUUAGAGUUUGACUGCUUCCAUUCUGGCUUUGGAGGCUGCUUUGUCACAGCCGUCUGCAGGGGGCGCAUCAUCUGUUAAGGAUUAAUCUUUCAUGAUUCCAUUUCCUCUAAAACAACCUUGCAUUUAUCACCUCUCUCUGAAUCACUGCCUAAUCUCAGGGAAAGGAGACCAGAGUGUUUAUUUUUAAUCAGACCCAGCACCUCAACGCAGGUGCCCUUCCUGUUUCCAUUACCAAGUGUUGGACAAUCUGCACUGCCCUGUAAAACAGUACACGAGUUUACACAACGGACCUGUCGCUAUUCAACCUUCACAUUUGAAGGCAGUAUUUUUGUCUUUUUUUAACUACAAAGAUAGAAGUCAAGCCCAUCAGAUGAUGCGCUUUAGCUAAAAUAUGUGAGUUCUCACUGAUGCCAAGAGGAAGUAAUUCGACCACAACACAGAUGUGCCUUUGACUGGUCAUGGUGAAGGAUCACAGUAAAUAAUGGAACAUAAAAACAUGCACUGCGGCUUUCAUCCUGCCAAGAUAAGGUAUCAUAUCUGACUUACCACCUCCAACUCUCGCCCUGUCUUUGCAGUGAGCAGAGCAGCUAUUAACUGCUUCAUAGUCUCCAAUCCCUUUGCAUCCUUUGAUGUCUUGAUAUUAGCGAGAUAACUGUUCUCAUGGGAACGUACACGAUUUAUUGUUGAAAACAAUCCGAUGAGAAUUUAACAUCCCAUGAGAAAUUCUCUAAAUAUGAGCGUACGCCGUUCUCACUGACUCGUAUGUUAUGUUCUUGUAUGUUUCCCAUUCCCAUUCUGAUGACUAUGAUAAGACCGUGAGAGUGGUCUCAGGCUCCAUCGUGUAUGACAGCUGACACUUUGGGUCCAGUUUUAAAUGCAUUGUUAUUCGAAGACACUGUCAAUCAUGAUGUUCGUAGAUACUGAGACUGAGCCACCCAAAUAAGUUUUCAGACAUGGUCGUCUGACUUGGAUCAGAUCAACACAUGCAGGGUUUUGUGCACCUCUGCUCCUUGCCUUAACUACAUUCUCCCCAAAAUAAAACUUCACAUCACAACAACAGCAACAGAUGACGAUCUUACUGGAAAUAGUAAAACGUCUUUCAUCCCGUCUUUCACUAGCCGCCACAAAGCUACAAACAUCUCGGUGCACUUUACUGUCUCACGCUCAGCCACAAUUCAAUUCCCAAAGAAAACUUGUCGAACACAGGCUGUGAGACUAUGAACAUAACGUUCCAUGCGAAACAUGAAACAGUGUUUUACCCAUCUCUGCGCUUAUUUCAUUGAUAUUUAAACAUGACCACAUUGAUGUUGGAGAUACACUCCAGGAAUGAAUUGAAACAGCUUUAAAGACAGAAUGUAGUGAGCCAAACACAUUAGUAGAAUUUGAUUGUAUUCAUUGUAUUUUAUCAUAACCACUAUUCAGAACCUAAAACCUAUAUUGAGCACACAUUUACUGUGUGACCAAUGUGGAGAGAUUUAUAUGCUCAUGAAGGACAUAAAAAUGAAGGCACAUGCUGACAUUAGAGCAUCAAUCAGCUUGGUUUUACAUAUAACCUCACCAAAAUAACCUAAUCUUAUCGUACAUAAUAUGCAGCCAUAAACAAUCAUCUCACAUUAAAUUCGAUAAACACACGACACACUCGCUGCACACAUGAAUAUGACGAGACCAUGACGGUGGGUCGCGCUAUCCAGCUCCGCUGUCGACACCGGCGUGUGACAGUGCUGAAUAGUUUGGUGCACUUUGGUUCAGGAUCUUAGUUUUAAAUUUAUUUUUCAUAUUGGAAACUUUGGAUAAUGACGAUGGUCACCUCUUGAGUCCCUAAAUAGGUGUUUGUUUUAUUAGAUCGAAUGGUCCAAAUAGGUUGUCUAGCGCGGUCAUCUGCCUUGGUUCACAUCAACACAUGUGCUGGCUACUGUGUUGAAACUAGUUGGGUAUUUGGCCGACAUCCGCUCCAGCAGCGCUAAUGCUUCCACCCGGCAUCAGUUAGGCGUCAUCAACAAAUUCUAUUCUAGUAUGAGGUAUUCCUCUUUCUCGCUUGGGUCAAUAUGCAGGUCAACUAGAAAGUUGUGAUGUAACAUUACUGCUUGAGUUAAAGUAUUGCCAUAGACAGUCUAUCUCUUCACUUCACUGUCUCUCAACCCAUCUUAGACAACAAGUCUCUCAUUUGCCUCCUAGAGAAGUGAUUUUUCAGUGAUAUCUCCUUCAAGCUCCAAUAAUGAAGUCAGAGAAUUCAUAACUAAAUUUUACCCGCCCAAACUUUGGGAGUGCUGGUUUAUAACUAAAUCAGCCACUAUAAUUUAAUAUUCAAUACUUCUUCUUAUGAAACAGCUGGUGAAGUCUAAUGUCCUUAUUGCUGCUCUCUUAUGAAGGCGCCUGACAUAUUUGAGUGGUGAAAAUAAUUCUGUUCAUCAUAACAUGAACCGUAUUUUUCUGACAAUAGGUAGUCAAAAAAUGCAUUGUGAAAAAGAAACAAAAAUGUUCACACUGAACUAUAAGUAGCAUUUUGGGGGAAAUGCAUUUUACUAAAUCGGCGACAGUCACAAAGUCUUUUGUAUUUUUCACGAGUGAUGUGGAACGGAACGGAAGAUGUGAUCCAACUGAGAAACAGGGGAGCAAAGUUGGGUGUAUUGACAGGUAUUGCAAUAGUAAGACUAGUAGCGUUCAAUCAUGUAUAAACAUUACUCAUCUGCAGCACCUUUCUUCUGAUACGUCCCUUUAAGUGUCCGGCGGCAAAAGCGAACAUUAGUUCCGUGUGCGGCGGUAGUUUUGUCCGCUCAAAGACACCAUAAACUACCAUAACCAUGUCCAUUUCUAUGAUCCGCGUUGUCUUUUCCUGUUGUUGUGACGCUUAUCCACGAGUGAUCACACAAGAAUUCUCGCAUGGAGGACGAUAUCCACGAUCGGCACCGGGUCAGAACCGUGAUUAUUGAGGCUCAUCAAAGACUCCUUGGUCUCUUCGGUCAGUGUGAAAUAACGUUUAACAACACGUGAAUAUAUUUACUGUAGCUGAGUAUAUCACAGGACCAAUGUCAAAAAGCUGAUCUACUGUCCGGAAAAUACAGCACCAAUAUUCCCUUUUUAUUGUUAUAUUAUGACCAGCCCAAGAAACAUCUGUGGUUAUUGUUUAAAGUAGGAACACAUGGAAUGCUAAUGCGUUGACGAAGUUAUAAACCAAAUCUGACAAAAAGUACCAAGACAAACUCGACACUGGACUAUUUUGAGUGUUUGACCUAGUUAGACUGUUCAGCUUUAGUGUCUGCCAUUGUGAGGUUUUGUACGACAGAUUCUGCACCAGCAACGUCAGUUCAGGCAUUGGCACUUGCUCCAGUUUGUGACUCCAAAAACAGCAUCAUCCACUAUUCUACACAAUGUACUUUGAAGUGAAAUGUUGGUAUUUUCACAGUUACCCUAUAUGUCUGUCAGUUUUGUAUAUUAUAGAUGUAUUUGUCACUUAUAGGAUUCUAACUUUUAGCACCAUCCAUUUGAAAUUAAGAUGCCUAGCAUGGAAUUAGAAUUUUCUAAUGAUCAAGAGGUCAAGCUUUCCCAACUGGAAUUAAAUCUCAAGGGAUUUUAAUUCCUUCUUAGUAAUUAUGGACAGAAUGAAACAGACUAUAGGCUCUAAAAAUAUCAAUCUUGCUGAAUUAUAUGGAAAAAAAUGUUAAUAUUUCCCAGGUAUAUUUAUUUUAUAUUCUUAUUUCACCUUGGUAGCAAAUUCUGACUGAGGUAUUCUCAGACAUUCUGGGGCCCGCAGAGAAAUGCCUCCUGCAGUACCAUAAUCUUGAGUCUCAGGCAGUUGACCGAGCAUGACAGACAUGACAUGACAGAGUGACACAGACGAAUGAUGAAUGAAGGAACAAAGAGCUUUUCCCUCUGGCUCUGAGCAGCUUUUUCAUCUUAGCAUAGCAACAAACUACAACAAUCAUGCGACCACUUCCUCAAUUUACCGCCUCAACACAAACAAGAUUGUCAUUUUGAACCGACAAACUUAAGCUAACACCUGAUAAAGUUAACAUGAACUGCAAAAAGUCUUUCUUAUUUGGAAACAGUUAUACUCCAAUCUAUAUGGCAAUGCUUGUAUCAAGUCAAUCAUAAAAUAGUCCCAAAUGAUUUUUCCUGGCGUUUGAAUGGUUUAAUGAGACAAGUACUUGUGCAUGAAAGUGAGUUUCAAGAAUUUAUUGAAGCAGUGAUGCUAAAUAUUCGCCUUUCUUUUCAUUCUAUAUCACAUGUGGGGCAUUAACAUGAGAAUGCAUGUACGGGCUGCUUAUUGAAAGAGUGAAAAUAGUGUCUGAGGCUGUUUGACAAUGAAUGGGGAAAGGAAAUGUGUAUUGCCUUGUGGCCCUUAUGCCGACAGAUUGACUUGUAAGACUUAGUUAUACACUUUUAAAUGAAAAAAAGUGAGGCAUGAAUCUACCUCAUGGACUUGUGGGUAAAACAAACACACUCCUAUCCAUCCAAUUUAUCACCCUGUGGUACAAUCACAAGUCCAUUGCUGCACAGGAUAAAAGAAACUCCCUGGUAGCUUAGUCAUUUUCUGAAAGUGGAUGUAGGACUUUAACUGAGUGUUAAGUACAAGCGUUGCAUAAUUGCUGAAGUCUUGGAAAAACACAAGCAGUCAUGGGUUGAUGUGACGCUAGCACCACUAGGGAUGAAACAGCUGCCCUAACAUUCACUGAAAUAAGACUACUGUUGCGGAUCACUUCUUGUUUAUCGAAAGAUUUAUAUGAAUUGCUGGAACUGCAGUUACCUGGUCUCUGAUGUCCAGUGUCCACAUGCCUCCCUGUAUUUGGAGCAUUUGAAACAGUAGUACAGAGAAUUAUUCCAAAACUGGAAUUUUGAAUAGCCUGCUCACACAAUAUGUGAGAGACUCAGUGAGCACGGUUGCAUGCAGGCCCCGAAAACCAAAUUAUUGCAUUAAAAUCAGACUUUUAAAAUGCAUAUAAACAGUGAUGAGUGCCAAAAUGUCAUGUUGAACAUGCAUCAAACGUCAGCACUGUAUGUUCCUUCUCGACAGUCUUGCGAGUUCUUCAAUGUGCAUGGAAAUUCUGGCUGCUUUUCUUUUUCUUGUAUGAAAUAUCGAUAUGUACUUUGAGCUUUUGAGAAUUGUAAUCAUCUGAAAUCAUCUCUUGAUUGUGACGCAUAUAAGUACGCCUGAACAUGACAGUGAUCUCUAUCCACUGUUUACUUUUCCAAAACACCCAUUAAAGAGAAGUAUUAUUCAGAGAUUGCUUUCACACUGCAAAACUACAUUUAACACACAUUUUAAUGCAUAGAAUUUGUGCUGAAAGUUUAAAUGUAAAAUUGAAGAAAAACAGGAAAUAUUUAAUGAAAAAAAAGACACAUUUAAUGGAAAAAUACAUUUUAUUUAUUUAUUUUGUUUGUUUGUUUGAAUGGAUUCAAACAGUGAUGGCUAUAUCAUGAAAAAGUUGAACUCAAAAUUAUGAACUGCAAUGUUAUAAUAUUAUACUACAAUCUCCAAAAAACAUGAUUUUCUAAAGUCAACCGAGAGACAUAAUCUGUCUGCUACUGGACCCGUGGCGCGGCUCACCAGAGAGGAGCCCAGGAGACAGCUCCACAAAUUUUGUUGGAUAACUGAGCAUCUAUUUUUAAGAUCUUCUUGAAACGAAGCACAUUGAGCUGAGUUUAAAUGAAUCUCACUUGUGUAGAUUAACAAACUAUUUCAACCACUUCAACGUCAACCUUCAACAGUCUGAAAGGGCACAGACACUGAUCCCCCUGGAGCUAAAGUUGAGAAACAAAAGGCUAAAUGAAGCAUUUUAUAAGGUGAGAAACAAGAUGGAUUCAUGCAUAUGUCACACAGCGUUUUAUUUAGACUGCAUGUAUGUGUGUGUACUGUGUUCUUUUCUAUAGAUCAGUUGGACCCACACCUUUUCAUCCUACUUGAGAAAAGUCUAAACACCAGCUGUGGGAUUCAAACAUGCUUCAUUCACAAUCUCUGUGUCUGACUGUUAGCUACAUACGCUAGUUCCAAGUUGAAUACGACGAUGUGAUGGAUACAUCUUCCUCCGCCUGGCCCUCCUCCACCAACCAGCAACAGCAGCAUUUAUCUGAGUCCUCUUUUCUCAUGUAACUCAGCCCAUCACUUUAAUUUCUGCAUUUUAUCAAAAUGAUAGGAAACUUAGGGCAACUGCAUGGUCUCACCACGGAUAAGCAAGGUGUGUGGGUCCCGCUGUCCUGACCUGUGAACAAGACCCUCAGGUACGUGAACCUCUCAUCUCAUCUUCAACCUGGAACCUACAUUCCACCCUUUUCCACUGAUGGUCUACUGUUGUAUAGACUCAACAACAGAAACAAAAUUCAAACAAUGUUGUUUUCUCUAAUUAUAGUUCACCUCUUUGACAUUAUUUACAAUUUCAUGGUCCACAUUAAGAACAUUAACAAACACCAUGUGGGUUGAGCGUUGUUUUGCUUGUCCUGUCGAUCUGCCAUGCUUCAUCAGCAGCUACAGCGGGAUCUCACAGGGGUCACCUCCAGAUCGCGAUGAGCGAUGGAACUUCCGUUGGGGUCAUUGCUGUGUAAGCAGUAGGUGCUCAGCUCCAUCCUCUUCAUCACCAUUUUGAGGAGGGUGCUCACUGCCUUUUCCACGUCUGUCCCGGUCAACGAGCUGGUCUCAAAGUAAGGUACGCUGAGGAAGGUCCAAUGCAAAAUAUCAUGAGAGGGCGUGCUAUAGCUUUAGGGAAGCCUCUACAAGGUAUACUGCUUAUCCCAAUAGUCUACACCUGACCCAGCUGGCCCAGACCCACGUCCUAUUUCUCCAGUCCAGUGAUGAACACGUAGCUUGAAUUUGUGAAUGUGUCCUCCCCACCACGCCAAAGUAAUUUUGCCACAGAUGAGGGCAUUUUGGCUCAGAUGAACAUCGAGCUCCUUCCAACGUGCUCUACAGAACAUCUAGCAGUUGGUGUGUACAUUACAACAGAAGGAAAAUGUCAGGAUGUGAAAACAUGGCGGGGCUAGAAACCCAACUAUCUUGUUGAUGCCAACAAGAUGCACUGAGGACUUUUUUCCUUUAUUGAACCGAACAGCCAUUAGAUGCCUUUACUCACCCAUAUCUGUCGGCCAGUUCUUGAGCUUGCCGAAUGUGAACAUCCCUCAGGUUUCUUAGAUCUGCUUUGGUCCCCACCAGGACGAUGUCUGGGUUCUCGCAGUAGGCGUUGGCCUGUAGCUGACCUGAAUGACAGCAGAAAAAAAAGUCAUGUUAAAGAGGAGGAAUUAUUUAAUCAUUUGUCAACAGAUCAUCAAACAUAAAGAUAAUCUUCUGUGACACAGUGGAGGGACAUUCUAUUACAUGUAGUAACUAGAGAUUGUGUUGUGCAACAGACCCAAACCUACAGCAUCAAACAUGACAAACGUGAUUGUACCUCUCAGAUUUCUGCAAAUAUUUGAUUAUAACACUGAAGAAAUGACGCUUUGAAAAUGUGUUUACAGCUUAUAGAACAGUGCAAUGUAACUGUCUCCUCACAGUUGUUGAUGUCUAAACCAAAGACAACAAAAUGCACUUAAAAUGAAAAUGUCCAACUGGUGACCAUUUUAGCCAUUUUCCCUCCCGGUCAUUCUAAAGAAGGCUCUAGUCAGUAUCUGUUAAGCUGGGUUGUUGUGCUAAACAACGGAACAGUGACACGGAAAUUUUUUUUCCUUGAAGUUACAUUUAGCACAGAUACAAAUUGUAUGAUUAAUUUGUCAUGAAGUGAUAUAAAAAUGAAUGAAUCUAUUGACAGACCUAAAAAAUAUAACUGAAUUCUAUAGCUGUUUUACACUCCAUUUUCCGAAUACAAAGCAGUUUCUACUAGUCCGUUACAAUUAGAAAGUUUGGACUUUGAAUUUUGAUUUUGAUCUUAGAAAGAGGCUUACUGUCCGAUAUAUUUCAGAGUUUGGACUCGCUUGUUCGCCAUGGCUGUAUGUGUGUGUGUGCACAACAUGCACAGAUGAUUCAAUUAAUUACACUAUUUCAUUCAGUUUUAAAUGUGAGUUAAAUUAAAUUCCCAAUAUGUUUUUAUAUGAUUUUAUCAACGUAAAAGUGGUCGCUAAUCCUUUUUUUGGCAUUGGCGGACCACCGACCGCUCCACUCAAAUAAUGAAUGGCCUUUACUCCCUACUGGUCAUGAGCUAAUACUGUAAAAUGAAAAACUCAAUGAAGCAUUUUACAAGGUGAGGUACACAGCCAUCUUGUGUAUUAAAUGCCACACAGCAUUUUCUUCAGGCUUUAUAUAAGUGUGUGAUGUAUUCUAUUUGACAUUUAUUUAUUUUAUUCACAAGCUUAUUAGCAUUGAUUUAACAUUGUGAAGCUACCAGGUAAGACCAGUUGGCCCUACACCUUUGCAUCCCUUUCACCAAUGAAACAUUCACUCUUGCCCGGAUGGGCAACUUCAAGGAUGGACUUUCCAGGUAUUGAUGUCAGGUUACACAGUGGUGGACUUGGUCUGGACACGCUAUGGGAUUUCUACGCAUUUACAAUCCAAUUUUCUGGUAUAUUUAAUUUAAUUUAAUUUAAUUUAAUUGACAAUAAAUCAGAUUCUGAUUUAUUUUAUUUUUCAUUAAGAAAAAAAUCUAUUGUUAUGAUAUUAUUUGGGAUGCACCAAUAUUGGUAUUGGUCCGAUACCGGGCUUCAGUACUUGAUCUGUUAGAAUCACCACAUAUACCACGAAACCAAUACCACAUUACGGCAGCGCACAUUUUUUGAAUGUCAGUUUAUGACAUUUUUGUGGAAUUUGUGUACUGUAGUGAAACUUGUGAUCGUCACCCAUGCCCAAGAAAAACAAACUGAGGAAUGUUGAUCAAAUAAUGAUAUGUAUGGGACAAAAAGUUCAAACUAUGUGUGAUGGUGUAAGUGCUCUGUAUAGGUAUCGGUGACUACUCAAAUACAAGUACUCGUACACGACUCAUUUUGGAAAAAAACUGAUAUCUGUGCAUCCCUAGAUAUUAUUAAUCAGAAAAUAGACGCCAGAGAAAGCACACAUAAAAUAAUUUAACUCAUGGCAAGAGCUAAGUUGUAAGUAUGCAAAUAUGACAUGUAUAACCUUUGUUAAUUUCCAAAAGAUUGACAGAGAAGAAUGUGUCGUACUCAUCCAGUUGCGAACGUUGUGGAAACUGUGCUCGUUGGUCAAGUCGAACAUGAGAAGGAAGCCCAUGGCGUCUCUGAAGAACGCUGU